GCUGCAGAGGACAAGUGCAUGAAAAAGGACUGUUGAAUGGAUCUGCAACAAUAAAAGACAAGAAUUCUAUAUGUUCUGCCUUUCAAAUCCCCAAACUACAGAGUAUAUCUCAUCAGUUUGAAAGUAAGCAGGGAUUUAACAUCAACCUUAAAUUACUUGUGUAUAAUUCACUAAAAGUGUUGUGUUGUUUUCCACAGAGCUACAUCUACGACAUCUCCACAGGACUGAGAGUGAUGGAGGGAGAGGGCUGUAACUCCGGGGUAGCGAUGGAUUCAGGUAACCCCUUACUAAAAGCAGUCUUCCUCCGUCGCCUGCGACUCACGCGUCUGCUCCUGGAGGGGGGGGCUUACAUCAAUGAGAGCGACAGCCAAGGCCAGACGCCCCUGAUGGUGGCCUGCAGGACCCAGCACAGUGACGCCCAGAGCGCCAGCCGGGUCAAGCUGGUCCAGUUCCUCCUGGAGAAAGGAGCGGACCCCGACAUCCAGGACAAGGAGGGUCGCUCUGCGCUGAUGCACGCCUGCCGGGAGCAGGCCGGGUCUGAGGUGGUGUCCCUGCUCCUGGCCAGCGGGGCGGACAUUAGCCUGGAGGAUCAGUCCGGGACGUCAGCGCUGGUCUACGCCGUCAUGGCUGGAGACUGGAAGGUCCUGAAGCUGCUGCUUGACACUUGCAAAGCCAAGGGGAAGGAGGUGAUCAUCAUAACCACUGACAAAUUCCCAUGUGGGAAACUGCAGGCCAAGCAGUACCUCAGCAUGCCCCCCCUCGGUCCUCUUGAUCAGACGGACAAAGUAACAUCAGCAGCUCCUGCAUCUCCCUCUGAAAUUCAGCUCAUCACCUCCCCCCAGUGCACCUCCUCCUCCCUGUGUCCCCCAAGGCCCGUCUUCUCCUUUAAAGAAGGCCAGUCCUGUGGUGUAAGCUCCCAUCCCUGCUCCCCUUCACGGUAUCGAGGGCUCGGCCAAGUGGCGACAAACGGACUCCUGAGGUUGAACUCCGAGCCCUGGUUAAAGAUCCCGGCUUCUCUGCUCGCCCAGCAGCCUCACGCAGCCUCGUCUUCACAAAACGGCCCAGACUUGAACCAAACCGAGGACCUCUCUUUUAGAGUUCCCAAACUGGACGGGGACACAAAUUCUGACAACUUCAAAUGGUAUGAAGGAAGACUGGCGAGGGAUAAAGGAGUAGGAGACGCCAAGAAUGAUUGUGCCCAACACGCAGGACAAAAGAUAUCUUUACCAGGUCUCCUAUCUUCCCACUCUGCCUCACACCCUAACCUCCACUCUGAAAACCUCGGAGCAGAUACUGUCCCCCCCUCUUCCUCCUCCUCCUCCUCCCUGUCCGCCGGCAAAAACCACAGCACUCCACUUCACAGCAUGGCCUCGUCAAGCCUCCAUAGCAUCAUCCAGAGGCGCAAGCUCGGUGCAGACAUCUACAGCUCCGACCCCCAGCUCGCCGUAGACAUCCAAAAUCUCCCUGAAGAGCAGAGAACAAAAGAUCCAACAGAGGGUAAGAGGCUGGCGCCGUUACGCUGCUCCAGCACGCUGGGCUCCAGGGAGUCCUCGUCGACCUCGGGCCCGAGCAGGAGAGUGCUGUCUGGGUUCGAGCGCAGAGGGUCUGGCGCCUACUUGUUGGACCACAGCUCCCAGGCCAGGCCGAGGUCUCUGCCACCUCUGACCCUCAACUCAGCCAACGCUCCUGUCCUCAACGUUUACAACUGUGGCUCCGGUGCCGCCGGUGGUUUCUGUGAGAGAGAGUUUGGCCUAAAAAGUUUCCUUCCCUCUGCUCCUCCUGGACACCCCAAAGAAAUGACCAGGAGGAUGCUGCUGCGGAGACACUCGAUGCAGACCGAACAGUUCAAAACCACAGCCUGAAGCUCCGCUCAUCAGUGUGUUUAAUGUAAAGUGUGUUGUCAUGUGAUGUAGUCUGUGCAGUGGAAGUCAGUGAGGGAAACCAAAGAGGAUAAAAAAACAAAAAAUCCCAAUGGAUGUAACAACAUGCUGUAGUUGCCUCCCUCUGCCUCAGUGUGCUGUGUGUUGUCACUGUGCACGUAGCUUCAGUCUGCAGCUUCUAUGUGUAACUCUUCCUUAAAGGAUAUUUUUUGCCAAAGGAGGACAAGAGUGCAAACUGAAAACACAUCUAAACACGUUUCAUCUUAAAAACUGAACGUUUGAUCAAACAGCUGCCACAUAGAGCAGGUUCACAGCAACAUUAGCAUCGACUUGUUGUCGUGUUUCUGGCCUCACGGUGCAUGUUAAUCUCCUUUCAGCUCAGUUUGAUCUUCGCUAACUUCUGAAAAAAAAUACCUGGAUCUCCACAGUGUUCACCAGCUAGCUGCUAACUGUGCCUGUUGUCUGUUGAGUGUUAAAAAGGCAGCACACAUGAGGUUUAGCAGGGACGUCUUUCUGAAGCUCAGAGUAGAUGAAAGUGAGAUUUAAAGGUUCAAAACUGAAACUAAAAAAGAAGCUAAAAACAAAUCACAGAGAGCAAAGAGAAGUAAAUCUCUGGAUCUGUUGCUACAAGCUACAAUGUUCACAUUACACACAGCUGUUUGAUUAGUGUAGCUUUAACCUGCAGUCUUGUUUCUGGCACCUGCAUGUAAAUCCAAUAUUCACUCUUCUCCUUAAUCUCAGUUUUGGCUCCUGAGAAAAAGAUGUGAAGCUGCUAAAUGUUUGAAUUUCUUGAUCAGCUGGACACAGGGUCCAAAACAAAACAACAUGAACUAUAAUUUUCAUUCUAGUCAUCUGAUCCUGUCCUGUGGGGACUCCAGAAAGCAGGUGUAGUGGAAACUCGUCCUGCUGACGUUGAUCUCUGUCCUCACAUCACACAUUGUGGAUUUAUCCUCAGAAUAAACUCUUGACAACACUGUGACUGUGUGGACACCAGACAGCUGCCUGACGAUGACUGGACUUCAGCUGGAAACAGUUUAAAAACUGGACUACAUGUGGUUUAAAAGUGUGUUUCUGAACAGAGGCUGCAUAUCGUCUGAACUCGCUUUAACAGCAUCUCAGUUACUGCAUUUGUCAUUAAAUGCUGCUGAACCAUGAUUUUUAAAUGAAAAAUAAAGACGUCCAAAAACGUAUUUCCAGUUUUAAUUGUGCUAAUCACUGAAAUAACGUGUGUGUUCCUGUGUCAGAGCAUUAGGCUUCAAUCACUGGUUUAUAAAUAACUUUCUGUCUUACCUGUUUGAUCUUUCUCCAUCUCCUGCUGCAGCAGCACUUUGUCCUCGUCAGGUUACAGCUGAAAAACAGCAGGAUUCAUCCGUUUAGGAAAUGAAAGUCUGCUGUGUAACACUGAAUAAAAUGUGUUGAC